AUGUUUAAGAAGCAUUAGAUUUUUCUUAAUACGGAUGACGAUUAUGAGGAGAAGAGUUAGGCUUCUAUGAGCAGUAGCAUGUCUGAUUAUGAUGAUAAUUACAUGAUUUAACACGGUGGAUAUAUUAUAGAUAAUGAAUAGAUAAAAGAUUACAUUAGUGCUAAAAAAAAGCAAUUAAAUGAAAAGAAGUAAAAAGAUGAAACCAGCGAGAGAAAGAAAAGGACUUCUUACUCGCUACCUCACAGAUCGUACAACACUACUGUAGAAACAGAAAGCUCUCAAAAGAAAAAUUUUGAAAAUAGAAAUAUUAAUUAGUAUAACUUGGCAGAGAUUGGACAAGUUUAUGAGUCGAAGUAAGCCUAUGAAGAUUGGAUGAAUUAAAUAUCAAAUCAAAAAAUGGUGAAAAUAGAUUUCGAUUAGUAGACGACAAAAAAAGCAUAAGGUGGAGGAGCUGGUGGGAAGUCUCAAAUAAACUCUUUUUUCAAUGAAAGAAUUGAGAAAAUGAACAAUCAGCUUUUACAUCUGAAAAAUAAGAUAAUAAAUGAUCAAAAAAUGUAGUAUUAUGCAAAUAUCAAAAGAAGCGAAGAAAAAACUUAAUAAAAGGAUCUUCAUUAAAAAAAAGCAGAUAUUUCCUUUCGCAAGCAAUUCUCUUUAGACGAAAAUUAAAAAAAGCAAAAUUAAGAAGAAAUUCUAAAGAAAUGUGAAUAGCCCAAGGGAUUCUUUGACUAUAAAACAUAUUUUCACUUUUUGCCAAGCUCAAAGAGUCCAAUUCAACGAACCAAAAAUCCAUUAAAUAAAAGUGAGAUGCUAUCUUCUGCAGAUAAAAAAACCCAAAAGUAAAAGCAAGUCAAACAAUCAGAUUAGUAAUAGUAAUAUAUUCAAAACAUCAGAUAGUAUUCCCAAACUCCUAAAUAGCCCAUCGAUAGAGUCUUUGAAGAGUCUUUUUAUCCAAGGAAGAGCACGAGAAAAGAAUCUAGUGUUAUGUCAAGUUAUGAUGCUCAGAAUUAACAAAAUAUUAAAGGUGAUUCACCUUUAAGCAAAAAACUAAUGCACACACUAGAUAGAAGACUGCAGUUUUUAAAUAAAGUGCAGGUAAAAAGCGAUGGACUUGGUAAUAAUUACACUCCGAUGGGUAUUGCUGCUCAUAAUCCAAAUUUUAACUUUGGAAGUGUGAACGAAAUCUUAAAUUACAACGAUUCUUCUAGUCUUACCUUUCCUGAAAGGAAUUCUCCUGCUUCGAAAAAAUUUUAGUCUUUAGAUUUUCCUUAGUUUUAGAGUGUAAUUUUACCUAGCUUAGGAAAUAGAGAUAAAAAUAACAAUCAAAAUCCUAAUUAAAUAAAAUAAAUACAACAAACAUAUUCCACGAAAAACUAGAUAGAAUAAAAUAAAAGAUUUAUUUUAAAAGAAGAAUUCUUAGAAGGUUAUAGCAUAAAUGAAAGCUAGAUGAUGUCUCAGCAUUAACAAUCAAGUUUCUCCCCUGCUUAAAGAGAUAAAAAAAAAUUCAUGUCUAUACACAGUUCUUAAAGAAAUCAAAAGAGUCCUCAUAGUAGCAGCAAAAAAACUACUCAUACUCCUUAAUAUCAAAAUAAUUCUUAGUUAAUUUAAAACAAUAACAGCUAUGACCAAUCAAUUUGUUAUAUUGAUCAAAAUCAUAAUUCAACUUUAAGCUUAAACUACCAGGGAAAACCACUAGAUGCUAAUUAAGUAAAGCAAAUACCUUAGGUAAUCAAUGAGUUGUCAACAAUAAUAGAUGGUACUUUUAAGGAAGGCAAGAAAUUUGAUGAUCCUCAAGUACUUAGUGUAUUCUAUAAAAGUAUCAGACAAAUUAUAGAAAUGGAUUUAUCGCAUUUGGAAGAAUUGAAAUUAGACAAAAACAAUAAAAAUAAACUUCAUUAGUUUAAUGAAAAAAUUAAAACAUUAAAAGAUAAAUUGUAGAAAUUAAUUGGUGUCCAAUUAUAAAUAGAAAAAACAAUACUCAUUAAUGAUGAAAUGCUCCAAAGCUAAAAAAGGCUUAUUAAAAUAAAGAAAUCCUAUGACAAAACAUUGGACAAUAUAGAUUUUUUUAUGUAAAUUUUAGAGCAAUAUGACUACCCUGAGUCUAACACAUCUAUGGUCAUGCUUAAAAUGAAGCAAAAUGAGUUCAAAGAACUAAUUGACUUGCAGCACUAAAGUGCCAGUGAAUAUAGAGAAUGCAUGCUUGACCCUUCUAAUCCAGCAAACAGCAUAACUGCUUAUAGAUAUGACAGAAUUAGGAAAAUUAAAGAGUUCAUCAAAUAAAAAAAGAUCAGAAAUGCAUAAAAAUUGACCAACUUUUGA